ACAACACGGCAAAGAGUCUUCAAUAAGAGGCUAAAAGCGAAUGUUCGGCUCAGAAAACUCAUGUAGACUGUACUAAGAGACUCUCAACCGUGCAUUGUACCACCCUUCGACGAUCGAUAAAUCACCGGCGAUCGCGCCACAUCUCAUCUCCCACUCACCUCUCAUGAGACGCUGAGGGAACCGCUCCUCUCCAACCUCAUCACCAACCAUGUUCCGCCUCGCGACAGCUCCCACCCGCAGCAGCGGCGUCAGCAGGCACCUCCUAGCCGGCCUCGCCACGCCGCCGUCACCAGCAUGGGCUCCCGCGGCACCGUCACCGACGACAACGAGGACGGUAAAGACCAAGAGCAAACUCCGGCCCCUUCCGGGCCUCAAAAAGACGGGCACUUCCAAACCUUCCCCGCCAAAGCCCCGGGACAUCGUCUUCGAGCCCCGGUCCCUCACCGAGUUCAAGAUUCGGCUCCGCGAGAUUUCCUACAUGCACGUCACGGCGGAACGGGCCCACGACAUCUACAUGAAGUACAUGCAGGCCCUCGCCCGCUCCGAUAAACCAACAGACUGGCAAAAGGCAUUCGUCAGGGAAAACAACAUCACGGCAGGCGAACUCCACGAGACCGCCGGCCUCCUCUCCUGGAUGCACGACAACAAGGGCGAAGCCGAACUCAUCCUGCGGUGCAGCAUGAUGGAGACGGCCGCCGGCCUCGGCUACGACGCCGCCGCCCUGACCCUCAGCCGCAUCCUCCACCACGCCGAGGGCAGCAAGGGCUACUACGACUGGGACAACCCGCGCUGGCAGCACACGCGCACGCGGUGCCUGGCCCUCAUCGCAGAGGGCCGCGACGCAAACGCCAUGGUCGUCGCCGGCCUCCGCCACCUCCGCCGCAAGACGGAGCGCGACGACUACCUCGCCCUCGAGGCUUUCAGCCAGGCCCUCGAGCUCGGCAAGGACGCCGCCUACUUUGACUGGCGCUGCACCGCGCUCGAGGGCCAGGGUGACGCGUACCUGCGGCUUGGGGAAAAGGAGAAGGCCAAGGAGUCCUUUGUCCACCUCGGCCAGCUCGGCUAUGCGGUGGGAUGGUCGCGCCUGGCUCAGAUGUACCCGGACGACCCGGGUGUCUUGCACUGGCUCUUGCAGGCGGCUGGGGCGGGCAUCUCCAGCGCAUACGGGCAGCUGGUGGAGUUGGGCGAGAAGCGUCGCAAACUUUGCGCCGAGGCCGUGGGCGAGGCCGGACACAAGGAGGCGGCAGACAGUUGGGAGCGUCACGCUGCGGAGUGGACGCGGAUACUAAAGGCCUCGAUUGCCAAUGAGAAGUCGCGUCGAACCUAA